AUGGGUCUUCUACAAGAUGGGAAACUGAACAAGGAAGAAAAUGGUCGUCUAGGCCUCUUUUAUAAGGGCCUACAGAUGCCAGCCACCCUCCACAGAAACUCUGCUUUACAGAAAACCAUCUUGGCCUGCCUCCUUGUUCUUGCCAUUAGUGUGACACUGUCCCAUGCUCAAUGCUUCUUUCAGCCAAUGAAGCCCGAUGAAGGUAGCACAGGCUGCCGUGACUCAGAUGGAGUGCUGCGUAAGUUUGGUUCCAGCUGGAGGAACGCAGACUGCUAUGAUUGCUCCUGUUCCAGAGACGGAAUCGACUGCUGCGCCAGCUUUGGAACGCCAGUUGGCUUCGAUGAAAAGAAGUGUGAAAAGAUUUUCAACAAGGAGACCUGCACUUAUAAAGUAGUGGAGAAAGAUGAUCCCUCCAAAGAAUGCCCAUUCAAUGCAGUGGUGGCCUAACAGAGGAUUAUGGAUUUGGAUGAUGGGUUUUUUGUUUGUGUUAAGGGUUCUCUCGUAAAUUCAAAAACACUGAA